CAUAAAUACACACGUCUCCCCAUAAGCGAAUUGCUUAGGUUGGAACAAGGCGCGCAGGUUCUCGUUCAAAGAAGCAGGGUGAUUUAGAGACACGUCACGUGGAUUCCUGUGAUCAUGGCUAUCACAUUGGCCCUUGUUAUCGUUACUGUGUUGGCUGCCGUUGGAUGUUCUGCGGUGGAUCCAACACUGAAGUUUUUUCAAGAUUCUCAGUACACGCCCAUUCUCACCUAUGAAUGUUACCGCACAGGAGUCACCAUUGAACCCGAAGGCACAGUUAACUUCACCAUUCUUUGGGACGGCACACUGCCCUCUAAUGAUGGGGGAGAAGCGACCACUUGGUAUGCUAUAAACGGCACCGAGGACCAAUACACUACAGGUACCUUUUCCUACGAAUACGAUAGUGCCUCCUCCACAAUCAAAAUAACAAACCCUGACAUAGAGGAGCACCUUCACCAGCUGCGGGAGGCUUACAACGGCUUGGCAUACUAUUGGAAGCUGACCAUCACAAGCGACAAUGAUCGCGUUGUCUACAAGGUAUACGACGUUGACUCGCGCUGUGGAAACGCAGCGGCACUACUUAGGAAUAUGGACCGGAAGACGCGGCAAGGAUUCAUCUUCUCCAGAGACGUGCGUGAGCCGAGAAGAACAUGCCGGAAGCAGUCGCUGUGUGCGUGGUAGUUGGCAUCAUUGUUUGGCUUUGGUUUGAUGCCCUUUUCACGAGAAAUAA